AAACACGUGAGAAACCAAUGAAAAGAACAGGAACACAACAACCAUCUGCAUAACCAAAGCGUAGAGAGAGCUAGAUAAGAUGAAAAGAAAGGGAGCUUACGAGAACCAAGAAGCUGUGAACAGAGGUCCUUGGUCUGCUGAGGAAGAUCAAAUUCUUAUUAACUACGUUCACCUCCAUGGAGAAGGAAAAUGGGGGCAGAUUUCCAGAAGAACUGGUUUAAAACGAGGGGGAAAGAGUUGCAGACUUCGAUGGUUGAAUUAUCUAAAGCCAGAUAUCAAGAGAGGAAACAUUUCUUCUGAUGAAGAAGAUCUCAUUAUCAGACUACAUAGCCUCCUAGGGAAUAGAUGGUCGCUUAUUGCGGGAAGAUUGCCUGGGCGAACAGACAAUGAAAUCAAGAACUAUUGGAAUACUUAUUUGAGAAAGAAAGUAGAGGAGAAACACAAUGAUAACAACAAAAACAUUCCUGUGGAAUUAAGAAUGGAAUCUUCAAACGCUUUUGGUAUUGCUAUUGAUCCUGCGAAAUCUUCUGAAGCAGUAAUGUGUACAGAGGUUAUGAUGGCAACUGAAGCAGUGAAUGAUUCAGUGAACACAAAGAAUUUAAUGUCAACAAAUUAUAAUGAAAACCCAUUUGCGUCUGUCCCAGCAGAUCAUCCAGAAGGUUUGGGCAAACAGUUUGAUUUAACUGAGCUGUUAAUGCCGCAGGAGGGUUGUGAUUUCAAUGGAUAUGCUUGUGUUGAAAUACCCCCACAUUUUGGAGAACACUCCUGCAGAGUUAAUGAUGCCAUGUGUGAAACAUGGUACGAUGAUUGGAAGAAUGAAGACUAUUUUCCACUAGAUUAUGAUAUGGAUUUUCCUUUAUUUUAAUAGUUCAUCACAAACCUCACAUAUAGUGUUUUCGGGUCCUUUUGGUAUUGUUAUUUAGUCAAAGUUUUAAUUUUAUCUCACUAUUUCAUAUAACCAGUUAUGGUUAUUGAGGUAGCUUUUUAACUUUGAUUAAAAAGUAGUACAAGAACUUUACCUAGAGUUAUAUCUAAGUUUUUUUUUUAUUAUUCAUAAAUAUUCCACAGGAAAAUGGAAUUUGAUGGCA